AUGGCUGACAAUGCAAUCUGGCACCGCGCCUUCGGUCGCUCGCGCAGCAGCACGCCGAUGAUGCCGGCGGCACAAUACAACGACCCAGGUCACAAGUCACCGACGGGCGAAUCCCCUCCCCGCCACCGCAAGUCGGCGAGUGCGACCCUCAAGACCGUCUCGAGCUUCCUAAGCCUCAAAGGCGGCAUCAGCAAGGGCGGCCGUGUCUCGUCAUCGGACCCGGAGCGGAUCGAUGCACCCGCGGCUCUUGCCAUGCUGCCUCUCACUGAGACGCAUUACGAUCAUGACUCUGACAAGAGCGAACGAACACGGACAGAGAGGGGCGCAGAGGGGACGUGGCACAAUCCGAAUGUCAUGCAGAUGGCUGAGCUGUUGACCACGGUCAUGAUGACGGGGGCUGCGAAGGAUGGGUUGCCUGUUGUCUACAACUCCUGCGUCCUGGCCGUUCUCGAGGCCUUCUACCGCCUCACCCGGCAGCUGCGCGACACCCAAAAAGCACUUAUCGAGCUCAAGAACCUCCGGGAGAUGGAGCUCGAGCAGUUCCGCAGCAUGACAGAGGAAUGGAUGGAAAAAGGGGAGGCAUAUGCGGCGGAGAUCAAGCGCCUCGAGCUCGCGCUGGCCAAAGAAAGCAAAGACGGCAUAGCCUGUGUGGCCCUCAUGAGGCACGGAAGCCUCGUAGACCGAGCCGGGAGUAGGAGGUUUCAAGCCAGGUUGAAGCGGAUCAGCAGCUCACAAGAUGAAGAAGGGGCGGUCCCUCGAAUUCUCGACACCCAAAACGAUGUCUUGGUGAGCCGCUUUUUCGAAGAGCGCGACAGACAAGAACAACGAGCGCGCCAACAACAGGGCCGAGUCAGGGCCGCUCCGGUCCUUGUCCAUCAACGUGGUGGCCGGGAAUCCCGCAAUGCGGGCGACGGGUUUCCGAGACGCGGAGAAGACUCUGAUCAUAGAAUGCAUCGGAAUGCCUCCAGCGGAACUCAGCGGACAGGCGCAACCAGAGGCAGUUGCGCCCAGGCGGAUGAUACUCCACGGCCCAGAGCGCAGUCGCAGAUAUCCACAGAUAAUGAAUCUAGCUCGUCAGACUCUGAGACUACUCGUAGCCAGGAGGCGUCGUCGGGCGGGCUUACCCUCAGAACACGGGUAAGACAGGUCGACAAGAAGCUCAGUCAGUGGCCAGCGGGACACGCCGGCAAAGAGGGCCUGCGUCCGGAGGGGGCUGCAGGAAAGGAAUACCCGAGGUCUGCCUUGUCCGGCUCUCGACAGGAAGACGAAGUCGCUCACUCCCGCGACGGUGAUCUGACCCCAAAGCCGGUGCAUAGGCGGCCAAAUGUAACGGCGGUCAACCCGGACGACGCCGGGCAAAGGAGCACAUCGUCCUGGGAGGGCGGGCAGCUCUCGCUUCCAGAGCCCUCACAUCAACAACAGCGCCGGAGAAGGUACUCAUUUGAGAAAGGCGAUGACGAGGUUUUGCCUGUUUCUCCUGCCUGGAAGCCAGACGCCCAUUCCCAGCUCGGGCCUCCUACUUCGGCGCAUUCGGCAGGUCAUCGCGAGACUACGCCAUCGUCGGAGGUUAGCCGCGGCUCAAUCAGGUCUUCUGCCUCCACUGGCACUGUCAAAUGGACUGGCGACGACAACGCUGAGGCCAGAGGAGGGCUGCGGCAGGGGAAGCAGGAUUGA